GCGGGAUCGCGGCCCAAGGCGCCAGUCCUGGGGGUCCUGCCUUUCGCCUUCUAGUGUCAGUGGAGCUGUCUCUCCGCCGCGCCUGGGUCGUGUCUCUCUGCCAGGGUUCCUCAGGAAGGCGACCACACAGACUGUUGAGGGCCCAGCGGGUCUCAAGGCCUGGGGGUGGGAUGGCGUUGUGGCCGCUGCGAGUCUACCCUCGCAAGAAGCGGGCGGGCCAGAGGUUCAACCUCACACCGACGCUAGACCUAGGCCCGCCCGCGACGACCGAGGCCCGGCCAGGCCCGAAGGGAAAAGGCAAAGAGCGCGGUUUGUCAAAGAUUGCUGAGAAAGCUGAGUGGGGCAGGCUGGGAGGUAGCGGCUCUGAGCUGCCAAGCCCUCAGUUGAAAGAUACAGGAGAGAAAAGUCUGCAAGAAAGUAACCCUUGCGAAGAGACCCAGAAUGAGAUUGCUCCAUUGAGCGAGUCAGUGACUGAUGACCUCCAGGUUGACAGUAGUUCAUCAGAUAGUGAGCUAGUAUCAGGACCAAGUUUACAACAUGAUAUUUCCAGUUCUCUUCUGAGCUAUUCAGUCACAGAGUCUUACACAGAAUUCAACAGUGUUGAAGAAAAUUUAAGUAGCUUUUCGUCACCUGAACUGUUCAGAGGAUCAAAUUAUUUGGAUUGGGAGUGUCCCAAAUUGACAGAACACGUGCAGUGCAAGAAUUCUACUCUCCUGGACAGCAGUAAAGCAGUGGCCGUAGAGAAGGCACCAGAGUUUUCAAACCUCUCUGCAAUUUUGGAUAAUGCAGAUUGUGAGGUUUUACUUGCUGAGAAAAUUUGCCCUUCAACCUCUGAAGAAACAGAGAAAAAACCUGAAAAAGAUUCAGAAGAUAGAGCUACAAAUAUUCAGACAAAGUUAAAUCAUCAUGCACAAAUCGACACUGUGUCAUCCCACCACAGGCUUGCUCUUGAAAGCAGUGCACCUAGCUCAGUUACUGGAGUUCUGCUGCCUCAGCCCCUGGCACCUGCCUUGAAAACAAAUUCUCAUAUUCCUAAUAAGAGAAGUGGAGGCCUGGUAACAAGUACUCCAUCUUCAGAGACAGCUGGUUUUGUGAUUGAUUUGUCCUCAGUGCAAAAAGCAUCUUGUGAAGAGUUACUUCCAAAUGUCAGCAGUUAUGCUAAUACAGAUGAAAUUGUUCCUGUAUCAGGUUUGCAAGAAAAUUCUUCACAUGAGUUUCCUUCGAACAGACCAGAAAUCUGUUGUAUUAUUAAGGCAUCACCAGGAGUUAGACAGAUGAAAAGUAAAGGUGUUAUUAUAAAGAAGAAGAGAUAUUCUCCUCCUAGAGAUAUUCCUCAAGAUAUUAUAACAAAAGCAAAUGGCAAGAUAUAACAGCUAUGGAUGAAAUUUUAUUACUUUGAAGAUAUGAAUGUGAACUCAAAGUCCUUAAAAGAAUGUCUACAUAAAAUUAUAUGAAAUGUCUACCUGAAGUUAUAUGAAAUUAAAAAAUUCAGAAUUC